AGCAAACGAAUAGCGAAGAUUUUAGAAAGAACCCCACGUUGAUCCAGAUCCAGAGGUUGAUGUUCACUCAGUUCUUGCUUGUUUGGUCCGAUGGUCUGGUGUGUUGCUGUCUUGCGGGCAAUAUCACCCAUCACAAAGAUCACACAUGGACAAAUUAGAAGAAAACAAGCAAGUUAGUGUCUUUUCCAGCUGUUUAUUUCCCAGUGCGCAUGCGUGAUGGACAGCAGAGCGACUUAUUUCUGCGAGGAGGUAUUUCUCGUAACACGGUGUUUACUGUUUACGCUCGCCGCCCACCGCCAAAGCUGAAGUAUUUUUGGUGCCAAGAGCCGAGAGGCGCGGAGAGAGAGCCAUGGCGUUUUGUUCGUGGGUCAAAGAAGAGGUGUACAAAGACCACUUUGAACCAGGUGUGUACGUUUGUGUAGAGUGCAGUAACCAGCUCUUCUCCAGCCAAGCUAAGUAUGAGCAUGGCACUCCUUGGCCAGCCUUUACUCGCCCCAUCCACACCAACUCUCUGAAAAAAGUUCCUGAAGAGGACAGGCUAGGCGCUCUAAAGGUCUCGUGUGGGAAGUGUGGUAAUGGAUUAGGCCAUGAAUUUGUAAAGGAUGGUCCAGACGGCAAUAUGUCACGGUUCUGAAUAUUCUCACACUCCCUCAAGUUUGUUCCAAAACAAGAGGGAGAUGAAACAGGAGUCAGUAACCAUGCAGAGGUUUCCCCAGGUACCCAUUUAUUGACCAGCCCGAGAGGGAGGAUGAAGAGCUGGGUGAGCUGCACGCCGACUGCCCGGGCCGGGAUUCAAACCCGGGCCCGCGGAGUAGAAGCCAGGCACGCUGACCACUAGACCAUGGAGGCGUAUAAGAGGACAUAGCAAGAAACUUAAUGAAUAUAGAGGCAAUAAAGAUAUUUGUUUAUCUCUCUAAACAAGUUGAAUGGUUUCCCAAAGUAAUGUAUUAAAAUAUGCAGACAGAACAACUGGAAAGUAUCAGUCCAUUCCAGUUGUACUGUAUGGUGUUUAUAUUCAUUCAUCCCAGUACCCUUCUGUAUUUUAAAUCUGCACUGCCUCCUGAGUGGCCACAUGACUACUGAAGUUUUGACAUUCAUUAAGUGGCAUUUUUCAUCACUCCAUUAGGGCAGUUCUAGGCAUGUUUCCCAUAAACUCUUAUGAGAAAAUAAAUGCUUAUCU